AGUCAAUUUACUAACCAAAGCAAUACCAGUAUACAUUUAUUUAAUGCCCGAGGCGGUCUAGUGAAUACAAAAUACUAGUUUAUUUUAUUUUGUUUAUUUUGAGAAUUUUUAUUUUUUGUUAUUUAAUUUUUUAACCUAAAACUGCAGUCUAUAACUUGUUAUUACCAUGAUUGUUGAGUUUAUAAUUCUUUUGGGCAUAGCCCUGUAUAUUUUUUACAAAUGGUCAACUGCCGGAUUUGAUUAUUUUGAAAAAAUGGGUAUUCCUUAUGAUAAGCCAUUUCCAUUAUUUGGCAGUCAAAAGGAUAUUAUUUUGCGUAAAGUUUCAAUGUAUGAUAAUAUAAACAAUCUUUAUAAGCAAUUUAAUACGAGUUUAUCUGGACUAUUCGACCAACGUAUUCCUGCAAUUAUUAUCCGUGAUCCAGCUUUAUUGAAACGAAUUACUAUUAAAGACUUCGAUCACUUUGUCAAUCAUCGUACAAUAUUCACGGACAAAGAUGGUGGACUUUUUGGCAAUGCUUUAAACAACAUGCAAAAUGAGAAAUGGAAAAAUAUGCGUUCCACACUAAGUCCAGUAUUUACAGGCAGUAAAAUGCGUCAAAUGUUUGUCCUGAUUAAUGAAGUUGCCGAUGAAUCGAUGAAGUUUUUGAAGAAAGAUGGGCAAACUGAGAUCGAUUUCAAUAUCAAGGACUAUUUUACACGGUUUACCAAUGACGUUAUUGCUUCAGCAGUUUUUGGUCUAAAAAUUAACUCAUUUACAAAUGAAGAUAAUGAGUUUUACACAAUGGGGAAGAAAGUUACGAAAUUUAGUACCUGGCAGACAUUAAAGUUUCUGUUGUUUACAAAUUUUAAAUCUGUUAUGAGGGCUUUUAAAGUUACUCUGUUUGAUCAAAAAGACAUGGAUUAUUUUACAAGACUUGUAAUGGACACAAUGAAAUACCGUCAAGAGCACAAAAUAAUGCGACCUGAUUUGAUUAAUAUGAUGAUGGAAGUUAAAGGUAUGUCUAUUGACAAGAAACCCGACGAAAAAUCAGUAGUACCCAAGGAAUGGUCCGAUGAUGAGAUUGUGGCACAAUUUUUCGUAUUUUUCUUUGCUGGAUUUGAGCCUACUGCAGUAUUAAUGGCAUUUGUUUCCCAUGAACUCAUGGUUAAUCCUGAUGUUCAAGAAAAACUUCGUCAAGAAAUUAUAGAAGUUAAAGACAAUUUAAAUGGAAAACCAUUGACUUAUGAAAUUCUCCAAGGAAUGAAAUACAUGGAUAUGGUUGUUUCGGAGACUUUAAGACGAUGGCCUCCAGCUGUUGUUACCGAUCGAGAGUGCAAUAGGGAUUUUCAUUAUAAAGAUGACGAAAUAGAUAUAACUAUAAAAGCUGGCCAGCAUAUUUGGAUUCCAAUAGUUGGUUACCAUAUGGAUGAGAAAUAUUAUCCAGAUCCAUUAAAAUUCGAUCCAGAGAGAUUUAAUGAUGAAAAUAAGACAAAUAUUACACCGUUUACUUAUUUGCCAUUUGGUGUUGGUCCAAGGAAUUGUAUUGAUGAAUUCAGUGAAUCAAGUAUUCGAGAGUUUUUUAAAAAUCAAAGUGUUUUCUUAACUGGCGCCACAGGAUUCCUUGGCAAAGUGAUUAUGGAAAAAUUGCUGCGCACCACAGAUGUAAAAAUGGUUUACAUAUUAAUUCGAAAGAAACGAGAUAAGGAUAUCAAGGAAAGAGUUGCUGAUGUCUUUGAAGAUCCCCUCUUCCAAGUUCUACAUAGAGAGAGACGUGAUUUUCUUAUGAGGGUCCAUCCAAUUGUUGGUGAUUGCUCCUUGCCACAUCUAGGCAUAUCCAAGGUCGAUCAACAGUUACUUAAGGAGAAUGCCAGUGUGGUUAUACAUAGUGCUGCAACAGUACGAUUUAUAGAGCCACUCAAGAAUGCCUUGGAAAUAAAUGUACGUGCAACAUUGGCACUGAUUGAGUUGGCCAAGGAAAUGGAUAACAUAAAGAGUUUUCUUCAUGUUUCGUCGGCGUUUGCCAACUGUAAUCGACCCCACAUAGACGAGGUAUUUUACAAUGCGGGCAUUAGUGGGGAGAAUGCAUGCCUUUUAGCCGAAUUACUUAGUCCUGAGGUCCUGGACAAGAUUAGUUCUAAGCUGAUUGGAAACUUCCCCAACACAUACACAUACACAAAGGCUCUGGCCGAGGAGAUUAUUCUAAUGAACGGCAAGGAGCUGCCACUCUGUGUGUUCAGGCCCGGAAUCGUUAUCCCAACGUACAAGGAUCCGGUGCCGGGAUGGAUUGACAAUUUGUACGGACCAACGAGCAUUCUGAUUGGCGCCGCAACUGGAGUCCUGCGAGUCCUUUAUGCCAGAAUGAGCCAAAAUGCUGCCGUUGUUCCGGUGGAUUAUUGUGCGAAUGCAAUAUUGGCUUGCAGUUGGCACACCGCUAAGAAUCAUGCUACAAUUCCACCUAUUUACAACUUUGUUCCGGACCAAGAAAAUCUUGUCCAAUGGGAGGCCUACAGGACAUCCGCCCUCACAGAUGGUGUUAAAAUGCCAUUCACUCGUAUGCUAUGGUAUCCCACUCUAACAGUAACCGAAUCGAAAACCUGGUUUAGUAUUCUCUGUUUCUUCUACCACAUCAUUCCGGCAAUGAUCUUUGACUUUUGUCUUAUACUUAUGGGCCGCAAACGAAGAAUGCUUAAGAUGUACAAGAAAAUCCACAAAUCCUGUUCGUUGCUUAACUAUUUUGCUGAAAACGAUUGGACCUUCACGUGCGACAACAUCAAGAAGAUUUGGGCCAAACUACCGGAAACAGAUCACGAAAUGUAUCCUUUUGACAUGCGACAAAUCGAAUGGAGUCGGCAAUUCUACCACAGCAUGUGCGGUGUUAGACGUUAUUUGGCCAAGGAAGAACCAAAGACCAUACCCAAAGGAAUCAAAUUGUUAAGAAGGUUAAGGAUAUUGCAUUCAGCAAUGCUACUGACACUCUACGGAUCUGGCAUUUGCCUCCUGCUGAUGUUCGUGUUUAAGGCAUUCUUUGAUAAAUAAAUCGACAGACAGAGAGCUCCUUGUACACACAUACACUCAAA